UCGACACUAGUGAUGCUUCAACACGUUUCUUAUUUCUCUCUUCUUUUUCUUGGACUUGUCUUCCACCCUUUUGAAUCUUCCUUCCUCCUCUAUCUAGAGACGGAAUAAUAAUCUUACAAAAAGUAAGAAAGUAGGUUUUUAUCUGAUACUUUCAUACAUACACCAACAAAAGCAGAUCUCCAAUUUCUCAAUAUAUAAAAAGAUGAAGAAAGUGAUUCUGAAGUUGGAGUAUUUCGACGAGAAAAUCAAGCAAAAGGCCAUGAAAAAAGUGUCUGGUCUUGAUGGGGUUGAAUCAAUUUCGAUAGACUCAAAAGAGAAGAAAUUAACAAUAACAGGGAACAUAGAUCCAGUGUCACUAGUUUCCAAAUUGAGGAAGCUUUGUCACACUGAUAUCGUCUCUGUUGGACCAGCAAAAGAGCCUGAGAAAAAGAAAGACGAUGGCGGCAAAAAGGAGGAAGGUAAAAAAGACGAUGCUAAAAAGGGCGACGAGAAAAAGGGAGGAGAUGAGAAGAAGAAAGAUGGAAAAGAUGAAACUCCUCCAGCAAUAAAGGCUUUCCCGGCUCCUAUGUUUUAUCACUAUCAACAACCUUAUCAACCCCCUAUUCCUGCUUAUUAUCACCAUCGAAGUGUCGAAGAGGAUCCAAAUUCUUGUGUUAUUUGCUAAAGCUCUUCAUGAUGGAUCUAAAUUCAUACCCCGUUACUACUAUUAUGUAUAUUUCUGUGAGUUUUGAGAGUCAUUAAGAAGAAAAAAAAUAUCCUGUACAAAUUUUUGUUUUCUUUUUACUACCCCUCACAUUUUUGUUCUAGUUCAAUAAUUUUGUUUAAUUAAACGGUUCAUCAGAACAUCUCUUUAUUGAUGCAUAUAUUGGAAUGUUGGUUUGAUA